AUGUCCGAUGCCCUUGCUUUUCUCUCGGACAAUCCUGUGACUGCCGCCCUCAAAGAUGCAUAUAGCUCAUUCUCCGCCCGGAGGCAAGCAUUAGGCUUGCCCAAUCCAGGAACCGUAGAAAAUGUCGCCAGAGAAGUUCAGAAGGAUGUCCUCCUAACCAACUUUAUGUUCACAGGCCUCCGCGCCGACCUGACAAAAGUCUUUGGCAUGUCUCCUCUCUUCCGCGUUUCCCACGCCUUCACAAUGGGUUCGCAGCAAGGAACCCUUCCUCCAUAUACUUUUUCUUCUAUGUUUGGAUCCCCUAAGGUCUUGUUGCAAGGAAACCUCGGCAAUGAUGGAGCUCUUGCUGCCGUAGCCAACUACAGAUGGAAUUCCGCAUGGGUUACAAAAACGAACACGCAGAUAAUGUCAGGAAGUACGCAAGGCUUGAUACAAAUCGAUAACGACUACACCGGCUCAGACUUCUCCGCUUCCCUUAAAGCCUUCAACCCAUCGUACCUAGAAGGCGGACUAACCGGAAUAUUUGUCGGAAGCUAUCUCCAAUCUGUCACACCAAACCUGGCAUUGGGACUCGAAGCAAUAUGGCAGCGACACGGCCUUGGCGUCUCGCCGGAAACCGCCGUGUCCUAUUGUGCUAAGUACAAGGGCGAUGAUUGGAUUGCCAGUGCCCAGCUUCAAGCUCAGGGCACUAUCAGUGCCUCGUACUGGAAGAAGUUGUCUGAAAAGGUCGAGACUGGUGUUGAUAUGACCCUGAACUUCGCCCCCAAUCCCUCGGGACUCAUGGGUGACACCCGCAAGGAGGGCACCGCGACCGUCGGUGCCAAAUACGAAUUCAGAGCAUCCACCUUCCGAGCUCAGGUUGAUAGUUCUGGCAAGCUGAGUUGCCUCUUGGAAAAGCGCGUCGCAAUGCCUAUCUCUCUCACUUUUGCCGGAGAGAUUGAUCAAGUCAAGCAACAAGCCAAGCUUGGCCUCGCCGUCUCCUUCGAAAUGGCCUCGGAAGAGCUGACGGAACAGCAAGAAUCCGGAGAGAUGCCCAAUGUUCCCUCUCCGCCAUUCUAA